UUCAUUCAAUUAUUAGCAAAUAAAUAAGACAGCUGUUUUUGUCAUAUAUUUCUCACAUUUUCAUGUCAACAAACAUAACGGUUCACUAUUCAUUGCAGGUUAAAUACUGUCACCCUUAAUGAGCAUUUCCAAAUCCAUAUACUAAAUUCUCCUUUUUCUGAUCUGUGCCUCAGAGAGUCAGAGUCAUCCUCUGCCUUCCUCUACACAAAAAAACAAAAGAGCAAAACAAACAAAGCAUAGCAAAAUAAGCACAAUGCCACGGCUUACUAGAUUGAUAGUUAGGGACUGGAGUUCCUGUUUCCUUCCUCACAAGUUACCUUUAGAUGAUCAUGGAGUGGCUUCAGCCCCACGUGUGCCAGUGAGAAAUUUAGCCUUUGACAAGAGAAACCAAAAAAGGUUUAACAUUAUCCACACCAACACUUUGUCAUGGCCAAGCAAAAAAUCCAACAACAGCAACACACAACAAAACAAGUCAAUGGUAAAGGAAAAACAAGGGGUUUCAGUUGAAAACAGGAUUGAUGGUUCAACCUGGUCACUCUCUCUUGAUGAAGAUUAUAUAGUAUUCUGCUUUGAAGAGAAUCAGGAAUUUGGUGCAGUGAAAGAUGAGAGAAGUGUCAAGUCAGAGAAUCUCAUGAGAGGUCUCAAUGUAAUGCAUAAAAAUUCAAAGCCUUUGAAUAGUAAGGUGAAAUAUGGUGAGGGUGCAAAAGUAGUUAGCAAGCAUAACAUACUUGUGAAAAGACCAAAUGAUAGUAAAGAACACGACCAAGAUUGUUAUAGAGAGGACAUGGAAAAGGAGAUGGUCCACACGAGUAGACAGAAAAAAAGAGACAGCACAAGCAGUGUAUGCCAGGUUGAGGGCAUUGAAGACUGUGGUGGGAUGGUGUCUGCUGAAUCAAGGAACUCUGUUCAAUCUGAAGGAAGUAGAGGUUCUUUUGCGUUUCCUGUAUUAGGUUGGGAAUGGAUUGGAAGUCCUGUACACAUGCCCAGGGCAGAAGAUGUGCACCUCAAGAAUCACAAGGCCAGCUAUGUGGGAUUUCAGUGCUGUAUGUUCUGAUAGCAGCACCUUGUUAACAUUUUUAACAUUUUUUUGUUUUCUAUUACCAAAUGUGAAGUCUUUUGUCCUGAGAAUUAUCAAAAAUGUCAUUCACCAUUUGUCAUUGCUGUCAAAACACAAAAAACCAGUAACCAAUACUUGCAAAUUAAGGAGCUAUUCUCGUUAAGUACUUAUUUAACAAAUUUUCAAGUGUUCAGACUUUAGCCAGUCUAAUUAUGUAGCCACAGUGUGUAUACAUGAGGCAGCCUGAUAUCAGAGUAAAUCAAAUUCUAAUAGAUUUUGUGCAGAGCUUCUUUCUAUGCCAUAUUUGCCUUGCUAGAAAAGCUGACUACUGGUCUACCACUUAGUUUGUUUACAUAUAAUGUAAA